CUGCUGCCUCUUACAAUCCGAUGUAGUUAGAAGACAUGUGGACCAGUAUACCAUGUGUGCUCCUCAUUCUUAUGAUUGCAGAUGUGGCCUACACUACGACUUGCUACCGUAAGGUGGAGUCGUUGACAAUAACACUGUUCUGCAGCUAUGGAUGCUGCAGCGAAGAGGGGACAACUGUAUGCUGUGAUCGAGCUGCAGGCAACUCGGUGUCACUAUUCAGUAAUGCUCGCUCUGCCGCCGCUGUAGCUGGGAUGAUCGUCGCCAUGAUUUUCACCGUCUGCAUCAUUAUCGCAGUGGUUUGUUGUGUCAAGAAGACAGGAUUUGCAGGCAGAAUUGGAACUCAUACCAACGUCUCCGUUGUUAACGCAACCAUACCAAGUGCAUAUCCAUCCGUGGCCUACACGAAUUCUCAGUCCACCAUGGUGACCAGCGGCCCCGUCUUCCAGGGGUACCCGUCUCCAAGCGUGUACAAAAACACUUUUAAUGCCAGGCCGCAAUGUGUAACUGCAAUCGCUUCACUUUCCUGAAACG